AUGUCCGCAGAAAACAGCACUGUUAAGCUGGGUAAAGGCACUUUUAUCUUAUGGGUGGCGAUAACUGUGCUUCUCAUUGCUUUACUUAUUCUAUUUAUUGUUUUGUUUUCAAUCUGGGCAGUGAAACUGCGGCGGGCUGAGCAACACACAGUAAGUCCCCAAGGCGCAGCAAGUCCCGGAGGCGCAAAAAGUCGUGGUGGCGCAAAAAGUCGCGGUAGCACAAAAAGUCGCGGUGGCACAAAAAGUCGCGGUGUCACAGAAAGUUCCAGAGGCGCAGAAAGUCGCCGUGGCGAAAAUAUUCCCGGAGGCGCAGGAAGUACCGGUGGCACGAAAAGCAUUAGUGACACAGAAAGUACCGGUGGCGCAGGAAUUCCUGAAGACACAGAGAGUACCAGCAGUACAGAAAGUACCAGCAGUACAGGAAGUGUCGGUGGUCAAGAAGACGACAACUACUGUAAUUUGACAAUAUGCCAAAGGGAGUAA